AUGAAAAAUAAUUAAAUUCAAUCAUUAUCUGUCCUUUUAAAAGCCACUCCAUUUAAAAAUCCGCAUUAAUAAGAAGAAUAUUAACAAGAAUUAUAAUAAACAUCAAAUAAUGAUUUAGUAAUAAUAUCCGACCCUCCUUUAAGAAAACACUCUAAAUUAAAUCCUGAACAAUAAUCUUAAUAAUAAAUAAAUCCUUAAUAUUAAAUAAACUCUUCUCCUUUAGAAAUAAUAGAAUAACCCUCACCAAAUUUAAAAUAAGAAAAUCCUUAUUAAUUUAAUGAAUUACUGCUUCCUGGCCAAGAACCUUUACCAGUUCAUGAUAACUAACAACUAAUAGUAAAAACAAUAAGAAGAAACUAAGUAACAGUAAUUUCAGGGAACACUGGUUGUGGUAAAAGUACUCAAAUCCCCAAAUUUAUAGCAAUUCAGAAUGUCUAAUCGAAAAUAAUAGUCACAUAACCACGUCGAGUAGCCGCCAUAGCACUAGCUUAGCGUGUUUCAGAAGAAUUAAAAAGUCCUUUAGGCGUUAGAGUAGGUUAUUAAAUCGGAUAGGAAUCAAGAUAGAACAAAAGUACUCAAAUUCUAUACGUAACUAUAGGUAUUUUCCUAUAGAAACUAGUAAAUGACCCUGAGGGAUUUUUAUCGGAAUACACUCAUAUUAUUUUAGACGAAGUACAUGAGAGGGGAAUAGAAUCUGAUUUCGCUUUAAUUGCUUUGAAGACUUUUUUAAGUUUAUAAAAGGAGUCUUCGGAAGUUAAAUUGGUUAUUAUGAGUGCGACUUUAAAUAAAGAGAUUUUUUUGAAUUAUUUUUCGGAAAAUUAAUUAAACUCUUUAAAGGAAGAAAUCGAAAUGGAUUAAUUCUAAACAGAAAAUUAUUUCCUUUAGUAGAAAUUCUCGACCUUAAAUUAAUUAUAUAAUGUAAAUGGAAGUAUUCUUAUUUUUCUACCAGGGUAUAAUGAGAUAAUUAAAAUGAGGUAAACUUUAGAGGAUUAUAUUAUGAAAAGUCCAGUUUAAUAAAUAAAGUAGUUUCCUUAUAAAAUUCUUGAGUUACAUUCUAGUUUAGGAGAUGUGAAUACUAGAGAACUUUUAGGCUAGUAAAAAUACCAGAAAAUUAUUCUAGCAACUAAUAUUGCGGAAUCUUCAAUUACUAUUCCUUUCUGUUUUGUUGUUUUUGAUUUUUGUCUUACUAAAGAAAUCAAUUAUAAUCAUUCUAAUGGAAUUGAAAGAUUAUAAUUAGCUUGGUCUAGUAAAGCAUCUAUUAUUUAAAGAGCUGGGAGAGUAUAUAUAUAUAUAAUUUACAUAGUAUGUUUGUUUGAUUAUUAUUUUUAAGACUGGUAGAAACUGUGA